AUGUUGAUCAAUUCAAAAAAUCUAUAUUCAUCUAUUCAUAAUUUUUAUAAUUCAAAUUCAAAUUCAAAUAAUAAAAUUCCACAAUACUAUCUUUCAAUUAAUAAUAAUCAUAAAGUUCAUAGAUCUUCAUCAUCAUCAAGUUUAUCGUCUGCUUCUUCAAGUCUACUUAAUCAACCUAAAAAUACAUUGAAAACAAGUACAGUUUGUAAAAAAACAGAAUCAUUAUCUUCAUUAUCAACAACGUCAUUUUCUUCAUCCAUAACUAUCAUUCUUCAUGCAUUACAUAAGGGAAAUCAUAGAUCAGAAAAAUGUCAUCGUCGAAAAAAAUUCUUCAAUAAAAAUCAUUCACGUUAUCAAAAUCAUAAUAGUAGUUCAUCAUCGAUUGCAUUAUCUCAAUUAAUAAAUAUAAAGAAAACAAAGCAAUUAUUGAAUGAAUCAAUUUGUUUACAAACUCAAAAAAAAGUUAUAAAAAAUAAUUCGAAUUCAUAA